CACAAACCACGAUCAAGGCGACGGGUCAUAUCAUUCAAUGAAGCGUUCGAGAACUUGAAGGCUUCACAGACUGGCUUCGUCACUUGCGCCGCUUUUAAUUCCCUAGGAAAAUGCCCCAAAGAAAUUACCUUGUUUGACUCGGAGUUCCUUGCCAAUUUGGACCAGUUAGACAUGGCCGACAUCCAGACUCCCAUCAAACUGAUGCCUUUGUUGCUCUGCUCCACCCACUGGGAGAAGACUGUCUAUUACAAUGCAUUGUUUCUUGACUGGUUAUAUAGCUAUGGUUCGAAGAAAGAUAAAAAGCAAUUCGAGAACAUAGUCAUCGACUACGAAUCAGCCAUUGCCACCGAGAAUGAAGAGCACUCUCUAUCGGAGGUUCCCAUUUCACCCAAAGCUAUAGCAGGCAAUCAAGAAAGAUCAGCUUCUGCACCUAACAGUCACACAAAAGGUAGUUUAUCCUCCAAUUUCCACAAAGACCACAACCAAGAGAAUAGCCUUCAGACCACGGAUCAGCAGCAAAUACCUAUGGAUCAAAACAAACCCCGUCCGUCGGACUCCGAGACUGAUCAUGCAAGUAUCAAUCCACCGGAAAAUUCAGUUCUCGUGGGUAUGAAAUCCUACGCAUCAAUUGAACUUGGAGUCGCCAAAAUCGAAAUCAUGUACUACUUACUAAUGGCCCCCCAGAGAUAGGUGUGCCAGUUCCAGCACCAGUUCCAGCCUCUGAGCCACCCAGUAUAAGC